AAUUAUAAAUUAUUAUUAUAUUAUUAUAUCUUAAUAAUUAUUUAAUGUUUCUGUUAAUGCUUAAUACACAGAGUUUUUAAUAUUAUUAUUAUUAUUAUUCUGUGCUUAAUGGUAAUCAAUACUCAUCGUUAAUCACUUGUUCAUUCUAUUGUUUUUGUAGUAUUUAUUUAUGAUUGCGUGACAUUUUUGAAAACAUUUACUGUAGAAGUAGUAGUUAUUACUACCUAGCGGUUAGCAUAUAUUAUAAUCAUUUUUUCGUAAACUAUACUAUUCUUAUGAAUGUUUUGAAUAAUAUAAGCAAAUAAUAUUGAUUUCUCGACUUUACAAGGUCAGUUCAUAGAAGUAUAAUAUUCAUAUCAGUGCUUGUCAAACACUUUUGUUACCACUUGAACAAUGUCAUCAAAACCAAUAUUGUUAAAGGAGAAACCAUUUUGCGACAUGGAAGGCAUCAAUAUACAAAUUGAACCGUGUAAGACUUAUUUUAGCGAUGGAUGUGUAGAAACUGCAGGAACUGAUGAAACAGAUUUACUGAGAGGAGAAUCUAAAGCUGAUUCAGUUGAAUCUACUAAUAAUUGGCCGUCAUGGUUGUUAAAACAAUCAGCAGUAAUUGGUUAUGGUGCAUUGAAUACAGUUGAUUACCUUGGUGAAUCUUUGGCUAAUUUUUUUGGUAUCACUACGCCUAAAUAUCAGUUUGAAAUAAACUAUCAUAACAACAUAAUGCAAGAAAUGAAUGCGGAAAAAGUUGUCAAUGAAGAAAAUAUGAAAGGAUGGACACAACAACCUCCAAAAUGUAUUAUAACAGCAGAACCAUGUUGAGUUUACAUUCCCCAUUACUUAUUUGAUUUAAAAAAAAAAUACUUUUAAUUUGUUCAAUUACAAAUAAUACUAUAUAAUAUUUUGAAUUUUUUAUAUAUUAAUUGAUUUGUGAAAUCUACAUUGCUCUACAAUUGAUUAUUUAUGUAUUUUCUGGACCACUGAAAAUUAUACUUACCAUGUUUAUGCCUGUUAAAUUAAGUAAAAUCCGUCUAAGCUAACUUUCCUCAGACAGAUAAAAUAUAAUUGUCAAUUUAUCAAUAAGUAAAAUUUAAACAUUUAUUUUUAUUGCAAGUAUUAAAAAAUAUAUAAGCUCAAAAAGUAUUAACAAUAUUGAAACUUUUAAAAUAAUUUGAUAGAUGUUUUAAUCACAUAGUUUUGCAUUAACGAAUUAUUAGUAUUAUAUAUUAUAAAAAAUAGAUUACCACUUACCUCUACUUGACGGUGUUUUAUUAAUUAUUAACUUUUUCAAAUAUUUAUUUAAGGAUAACAUUUUGUGAAUUAUCAAACUAUUAUUCUUUAUAUUCUUUAUUAUUAAGUAUUUUUAUUGAUUACUAAUUCUCAGAAGUUAAUGACUUUGAUUUUGUAUUUUUGUAUGUCUUGGACAAUACUUAAUUAACUUAAAAUAUAUUUCAAAAAUAUUCAAAUCUAAAUAACUAAUUUUAUUUCAUAUUAGUUAAAAAAAAAUUGUAAUUUCAUGUUAUUGUAAACCAAUUUUUACAGCUUAAUCGCAUUUUCUUGUACGAUACAUAUUAAAUUUUAAUCACUCAAAAUCAAAUAAUUUGAAAAAAUAUUUUUAAUAUCUGUUUCAUAAAAAUAGAAUUAUACUAUUGAUUUUUUUGUAUUUUAUUAUUUAAUUUAUAAAAUGAAUUAGAAAAAUUAUUAUUUAUCUUGAUAUUUUUAUGGUUUUUAAAUUCUUUAACUACCUUUUUAAAUAUUUUUAGUUCAUAUUUGCAUUUGUUUAGUUCAUUAGCUUCUGAGCCCUAUUGAUUACCAUUUACUAUUUAACAAACAAAUAUGAUAUUUUGUAAAUUAAUUUAAGGAUACUUUUUUCUAGGAAAUGAAAUGAAUGUAUUGUUAUAAGAUUAAAAUAAAUACAUUAAUAUUUUUAUUGUUAAAAUAUUUUAUGUAUUAUUUUAUAUAAAUAAAAAAAAUAACCGUACCGUGUAA